AUACCGAUGCCGGGCCCCUUCGAUCACCAUUGAUCGCCACCACCCGCUCGCCUCUUUCUUCCCGUUCGGUCAGCCACCCAACGUCUACUUUUCUACUCCAUACUGCCCCCUACUGCGAAACUCAUCAACAACGUCUCCUACUGCUGUACAUUGGUCCAAAUGUCGACCGCCGCUCGCCGCCGUCUCAUGCGAGACUUCAAGCGCAUGCAGACCGACCCUCCCGCUGGUGUCUCCGCAUCCCCCGUUCCCGAUAAUGUCAUGACCUGGAACGCCGUCAUCAUCGGCCCCGCAGAUACUCCCUUUGAAGACGGAACCUUCCGACUCGUGAUGCACUUUGAAGAACAAUACCCCAAUAAGCCACCGUCGGUCAAGUUCAUCAGCCAAAUGUUCCAUCCGAACGUCUACGCAACGGGGGAGCUCUGCCUCGACAUCCUCCAAAACCGGUGGAGCCCGACCUAUGAUGUUGCAGCUGUGUUGACGAGUAUUCAAAGCUUGCUUAACGACCCCAACACGGGAUCCCCGGCGAACGUCGAGGCUUCCAAUCUGUACAAAGACAACCGCAAGGAGUAUACAAAGAGAGUGAGAGAGACAGUGGAGAAGAGCUGGGAAGACUGAGACCCGGGUGGGAGGCCGAGAUUUUACUCACAGCACCUCGAAGCUGUCCUGGUUUUGCUCCAGGAGUCAAACUGCCAACAAGAACAUAAUCGACGACGCACCACAUUGGCAGCAAAUUGACGGGGACAAGCUUGGCUAUGACAUGCCUACCGUCCGCGGGAACAGGUUGGCUUAAUGUUCGGCGACACAGCCAAAAGAUAGCGCC